ACACUUCCCUUCCUUCCUUCCUUCUUCCGUGUCAAUCGGAGCAGCAACAAACAAACAAGGAAUCAAAUCACUCACUCAAGUUUCUGAAACUCAACACAACGAACACACUAAGCCACAUUGUUUUCAUUAUUCCAAAACCCCCCAAGAUCUGUGGAUUCUAUAAUCACAUCACACUCUUAAAUCUCAGAUCCCUAAUUAACGACCUAUCUUCCAUUCGUUUCAUUCCAUGGAGCAUCGAACACCCAAGCUUUUCUUCCUCCUUCUUCUAUGCGCUAUUUGCUAUCAUUCUCUCAGCGCCAUCGCCAUAAAGAGCUAUUACGACGUACUUCAAGUGUCGAAAGGUGCGAGCGAUGAACAGAUAAAGAGGGCGUAUAGGAAGCUGGCAUUGAAGUACCAUCCUGAUAAGAACCAGGGGAAUGAGGAAGCCAAUAAGCGAUUUGCCGAAAUUAACAAUGCAUAUGAAGUGCUGUCGGAUAGCGAAAAGAGAAGCAUCUAUGACAGGUAUGGCGAGGAGGGUUUGAAACAGCACACUGCUGGUGGAGGUAGAGGUGGUCCUGGAAUGGGAAUGAACUUCCAAGACAUCUUCAGUAGUUUCUUUGGUGGGGGUCCAAUGGAGGAGGAGGAAGAAAGGGUUGCAAAAGGUGAUGAUGUGAUUGUUGAAUUGGAUGCAACCCUGGAAGAUUUAUACAUGGGAGGUUCCCUUAAGGUUUGGAGGGAGAAGAAUGUUAUUAAGCCAGCACCUGGGAAGAGACGCUGUAACUGUAGAAAUGAGGUUUAUCACAGGCAAAUUGGCCCUGGGAUGUUCCAACAGAUGACAGAGCAGGUCUGUGACCAAUGUGCGAAUGUUAAGUUUGAAAGAGAAGGUUAUUUUAUCACGGUUGAUAUUGAAAAAGGCAUGCAAGAUGGGCAGGAGGUACUUUUUUAUGAGGAUGGUGAGCCCAUAGUUGAUGGAGAACCUGGAGAUCUAAGGUUUCGAAUCCGAACAGCACCCCAUGACAUCUUCAGAAGGGAAGGCAACGACUUGCACACAACAGUCACUAUAACACUGGUCCAAGCCCUUGUUGGUUUUGAGAAGACUAUUAAACACCUAGAUGAGCAUCUAGUGGACAUAAGCACCAAGGGAAUCACAAAGCCAAAGGAAGUGAGGAAGUUCAAAGGAGAGGGAAUGCCACUACAUGUGAGCACAAAGAAAGGAAAUCUUUAUGUCACAUUUGAGGUUCUAUUCCCCACAUCAUUAACGGAGGAGCAGAAAACAAACAUAAAAGCAAUUCUUGGUUAAAAUACAGGAUGAUUCUUGUUAUCCCAUCCUUAAUGGUCCUUUUUAAUGUAACAUGAUUAGGUAGUAAAUGUAACAGACUUGGGCUUCUUGCCCACUGGCCCCCACCUACCCCCCUCCUCCCCUCUUUUUGGUUAGCAAAGAAAUAGGUAAUUUUUUCCUUAGAUAUUGAGGAGCACGCUAUUGUCAUUGUUGCCUAGUAAUUCUGGUGGCGGUGCAAUCUUGGCGUGCUAUUUCUUUUUGGUUAAGAUACCAUUGAUAUAUUAACACCGGCUGAAAAGACAUGAUUACAUUAGCUUUGUGCUAUUUAAAUCAUUACAUGAGGCAAAUAGAUAGAUAGUUCAUAUUCAA